AAACGAGUAGCACCGCACUGUUGCAGUAAUCAUACGGCGGCGGGAGGAGGGCCUGGCAAGUCUCUGCCCAUGUUUGCAGCUCACACCGUAUCCUCUGCUCAAGCGAUUCCCUGGCCGAGAAUGAGUAGCGGAGUAAUCAUUCGUCGGCGGGAAUGAUAACUCCGAAGGACUAUGUUGACGGCUACAUACCGAUGGCUGGUUCGAGGCGAAGGAUAACCGGUCACAUCUAGCAGGUUGGCUGCUAUCCGCCACUGAGAACGUGCUGCAAGUCACAGCGGAUGAAUGGAUGAAUCUUAUUUGAAACACUCAAACCUAUAAACAGCUAGUAAUUACUCGUUGCUUUGACACGCGUAUCACCGCAUGCAAGUUCUUGCCCCUGGCAGGAACACCAGCUCAAAACCUAAUUACAACUCAAGCCAACACCGCGCAACACCUCACACCCCCCAGAAGUUGAUUCCAAAUCUUGAAAAUGGGUAGCGUCAUUCCAGAAGCCAUCCCUACCGUCGACAUCGGCGCGAUCCUGUCGCCGACGGCUUCAGAUGAGGCCAAGAGAGAGGUUAUUGAAGCCGUUCGGUAUGCAUGCACCACCUACGGCUUCUUCUACCUCAUCGGCCACGGCGUGCCGCUCGAGAGUCAGAAGGGGAUCCUUGACUGCGCCAAACGCUUCUUUGACCUCCCCAUGGAGGAUCGAAUGGAGGUCUACGUUGGGAAGUCGAUGGGACGGUCGUUCCGCGGCUACGAGCCCCCGCUGAUCCAGACGCACCACGAGGGUUUGCUUCCGGAUAUAAAGGAGACCUUCCUCGUCGGCGCCGAGAUUCCAGCCGACCACCCAGACGCUGGCAGUUUCUCGACAGGGCCAAACCUUUGGCCGUCGGCCCUUCCCGAGGACGAGUUCCGGACCCCGAUCAUGGAAUACCAGGCCACCAUGGUUGACCUGGUGAAGGUGAUCAUCAAACUCCUCGCUCGGGGCCUCCCUGCCUCGUGGGGUUGCCCUCCGGAUGUCUUCGAUGCCGCUGCGGAGAACCCAUCCAUUCCGAUGAGGAUGCUGCACUACGCGCCUCAGCCCUUAAAGGACGAGAGGCAGUUUGGAGUUGCCGACCACACUGACUUCGGCUGCGUGACCAUCCUCCUCCAGGAGGUCGGCAGUAAGGGCCUCGAGGUGUGGUACCCGCCGACGGAGACGUGGAUCCCCGUGCCGCCCAAAGAGGGCGCGUACGUAAUCAACAUGAGUGAUAUGAUGCAGAAGUGGACGGGCGGAUACUACCGCAGCGCCCGGCACAGGGUUCUCACCUCGUCUGACCAGCACCGGUACAGCGUCGCCUUCUUCCUCAACGGGAACCUGAAGCUGAACACCAAGGCCCUGGACGGGUCUGGCCGGGAGACCAACAUUGGGGAGCAUAUCAGGCAGAGACUAAUCGACACACUGGGAGAGACGGGCAACCUGCUGAAGUGACGGAUGGGGCCGCUCUUCCCGGACGAGGAACUGGGCAGGGAAGCGGUGGUAGAUGUCCGGUCAGUUCUAAGUGGUUGGAUGUAGCCUAGCUUGCUGAUAGUGCA